AUGGGAGUUGAUCAAGGGUGCGGAGAGGCGCUCAAAACAGGCGGAGAACUAAAUGAAUUGAUUGGAAUGGGUGGAGGGACGCUUGGAACGGCCGAAGAAGAACUGGCAGUAUUGGCUGGAUUGAAUGAAUUGUUGUUGUUGCCAUCAUCCUCAUCGUCUAUGUUCUCUUCGCUGGAUUCUUCCGAAUCAUCAUCAUUCCGAAUUAAAUUUUAA